AUAAUUCAAAAGGAAACUCAUUCACACUUUUAACAGGCAACGAUUAUGCUAAGACACAAGACAAUGCUACUAAUACGGAAAUACUUAAUUUUAUUAUUUGCCAUAAUAUUAACAUUCAUAUGGUUGAAUCACAGAAAUAUAACAAACAAUGAGGAUGACGAACUUGUGCAUCUUCCGUCUGUGGCCAUAACGACGACAACGGAAAUUUCAGCGCUUCAGCGUCAGCAGCGACUUCGUAAACUCGUUCAGAAAUAUCGAAGUUUCUUGACUAACAAGGACUGGGAUCAAAAAAAGACAGCAAUAACCAGCCAAGAAACAACACGUAAAUUUAAUUUCGGAAUCCAGCCUAAGGUGACAUUUUCCCCGGACAUUACAAAGUCGAGGUACUUUGUGAAUAGUGAAAAAUGCAAAAUACCAUAUACAGAUCCAUUCUCGCGUGAGGCACUGGAAAUCUACACGCCAUUUAAGCUGAAACUUUGCUCCAACGAAUCGGCUAUCUUUGAGCUGACCUACGAUGGGAACUCUAAACACUAUAUGCUGCAUAUCAACGAGAAGACCUUGAGGCGUGUAAGUCCCAGAUCGAGAGUCGUGUGCAAUUUUCGUACAGUUAGCCAAGGCGGCAAUAUCUACAGUGAGAGAACCUACUUCACGCACAGCCAGAAACUGCCACGAAAUAUAAGCGGCAUUAUCACGGAAUGCCACGAUGCAACGGAAAAGUCAAAGAUCGUCCAGCAAGAUGCAUUUCCCCUGGUACAGUUUCAGAUGCAAAUGCAAAAUAAAACAACGAGCACUGAGAUUAAUUCUAAAAGGCGUCAGCCAAGCGUAAUACUUCUAGGCAUCGACAGCAUGUCACGUAUGAACUUUCGUCGAACAAUGCCAAGAACGGCUGAGUUUGUGAGUCAACGUGGCUGGUUUGAGAUGGAGGGCUACAACAAGGUGGCGGAUAACACACUGCGCAAUCUGCUGCCCAUUCUUCUGGGGCAAACCGUGGAGCAAUAUCCCCGCAAAUGUGGACAAAAUGAAGUCGAAUGUAUUGAGAAAUUCCCAUGGAUUUGGAAGGAUUAUAAGAGGGCUGGCUAUACCAUUGCACUGGCCGAAGAUAUGGCUGAUUCUGGAGUCUUGUUCACCAACAAUAAGAAUGGAUAUUUUCCUGGCCUAGUUGAUCAUAGUUUGCACGCGCUGCUUCUGCGAAUGGAACAAGCCAUGAAGACGUAUGUGCGAUUUGGCUACAAUUACUGCAUCGGACGUCGUCUGACCAUAUCGUAUGUGUACGACUUCUGUCAGCAGCUUAUCUCACGCUAUAUGGAGGAGUCGCAUCAACCGACUUUCGGCUACUUUUGGAGCAGCACAUUCACACACGAUUACAACUUUGGAGCUGCCAGCUUAGAUGCAAAAUUUGAGCAAUAUCUGCAACAGUUUAAGGCGCAUAAUUUAUUCGAGCAUGCCAUUGUCAUACUCUACAGUGAUCAUGGCGCACGCUUUGGCGAACUCUUGAAUUUGUCCGACAGUUUUCUCGAGGAGCGUCUGCCCAUGCUGCACAUUUAUUUGCCGCCCUGGUUCCGCCACAAAUAUCCAAAGUACUCGCAAGCUUUGUAUUUGAAUCGGAAUCGCUUGAGUUCCAAUUUUGAUCUGCACAACACAUUGCGGCACAUUCUGCAAUUAAAUGCUACACUUCCAACAGAUCUUGCCCCCCUAGUGAGCUGCCCUAACAGCCAAUCUCUGCUGCACACUCUGCCAAGGAACGCAGCUGUGAGGAUGCCUGCAUCACGGAGCAUUGGUGCACUUGCAAGGAGUUCAUUGCCCAAAGCAUGA